GUGAUCUUAAGGUCAUCAGUGUCGUAUAGUCGAGUAGUUUUAUCAAACAAAUUUAUUCACAAAUAGAAUUCACUUCCACUUUCCUACCGAUUCUCUUGGUUGUAUGAUCGGCAUUCUUCUAUAUAUUUUUUAUUUUUUUGUUAAAACAAUGGCUGGCAAUUCAGAAAGAACUUUUAUUAUGAUCAAACCCGAUGGCGUCCAAAGGGGUCUUGUUGGUAAGAUAAUAAAAAAAUUUGAACAGAAAGGCUUCCGUCUAGUAGCAAUGAAAUUUUUAUGGCCUUCAGAAGAGCUUCUCCAAAAACAUUAUGCCGAUCUAUCAAGCAAACCAUUUUUCCCUGGUCUAGUCAAGUAUAUGAGUUCUGGUCCAGUGGUACCAAUGGUUUGGGAAGGUUUGGGGGUAGUCAAAACAGGUCGCGUCCUUCUUGGUGCAACUAACCCAGCCGACAGCGCCCCCGGUACCAUCAGAGGGGAUCUUUGCAUUCAAGUUGGACGUAACAUCUGCCACGGAUCAGAUUCCGUGGAAUCCGCAAAUAAAGAAAUUAAUUUGUGGUUCAACGAGAAGGAAUUAGUACAGUGGACACCAGCUGCUAAAACUUGGGUGUACGAAGAUUGAUAUUACAUGUUUAUUGAUAAAAUAAAAGGAAA